CAACAUCGAUCACUUUUAUAAAUUUGAAUAAAGCAACCCCAAACACCCCAAUAAUAGUAACAGUUGCAUUCACUUUAUAUUUGAGUGGUAGGUGCAUUAUCUAAUGGAGGGUAGUUGGUAGUUAAUUAUAGUAUCAUUAUGGGGUACGUGCAGCACCAUAAUGACCCAAACAGACUCCUGUUUACAAUUUUCCAGAGUUACUUUGUGCUCCAAAUCGAUAGAGACGAAGAUGGAAGGGAUAGAUCACAAGAUGAUAAGCGUCAAUGGCAUCGAUAUGCACGUUGCAGAGAUGGGUCAAGGUACAAUUGUACUACUACUCCACGGUUUCCCUGAGCUCUGGUACUCCUGGCGCCACCAGAUCCUCUACCUCGCCGCCCACGGGUACCGAGCGGUCGCCCCUGACCUCCGUGGCUACGGAGACACCACCGGUGCACCUACCGACGAUCUUACCAAGUUCACUACACUUCACGUUGUCGGCGACAUGGUCGCACUCGUCGACGCUCUUGGUGCAGAUAAGGUGUUUGUUGUUGGGCAUGACUGGGGCGCCAUAAUUGCUUGGCGUCUGUGUCUGUUUAGACCCGACAAAGUUAAAGCCUUGGUCAAUUUAAGCGUUCACUUUGUCCCAAGAAACCCUCACCAGAAAACGGUAGAGAUAUUCCGUAGCGCAUACGGAGAUGAUCACUACAUUUGCAGAUUUCAGGAACCUGGGGAAAUAGAAGCUGUGUUUGCGAGUCUUGGAACCAAAAAAGCUGUCGAGAAAUUCUUGACACACCGUGAUACUGAUCCGUUUUAUUUCCCUAAAGGCAAGCCCUUUGGAGCUUUGCAUGAUACUCCCGUCAUCUUGCCAUCGUGGCUAUCUCAAGAAGAUGUUGAUUAUUACACCAAAAAAUUCGAGCAAACUGGGUUCACAGGAGGACUAAACUACUACCGAUGUUUUGACCUAAACUGGGAACUGGAAGCACCAUGGACAGAUGCUAAAGUAAGUGUUCCAGUGAAAUUCAUUGUUGGGGAGUUAGAUUUGGUGUAUCAUAUCCCAGGCGUGAAGGAGUACAUAAAUGGUGGUGGAUUCAAGAAAUAUGUGCCUUUGUUGGAUGAAGUUGUGGUGAUCCAAGGUGCAGCUCAUUUCAUCACUCAAGAAGUACCAGACAAGAUCAACAAACACAUUUAUGAUUUCAUUCAGAAGUUCUAAAAUCAUUUAAGGGGAAUGACAUCCAUACAUAUGUAAUUCAACCUAUGCACAUGUAAGGUCUUAAACUACAAUACCGAAUGAUAUCGGCUAAGAAGUUAGUUUAUGUUUAUUUAUUUUAACAAGUAAACGAACAUGAACAUAAGUUCUCGUUCGUUUUGUUAUAUGAACGAAUAUGAACAUUUGUCUCGUUCGUUCAAUUAUGUUCGUAAACAUUUGUUUAUAGUCGUUUAUUUAAGUUCUUUUUAUAUUCAUUUAUGUUCAAUUGUGUUUAAUUACAUUACUAUAUUAUAUAUUUAAUUAUGUCUGUUUAUCUCUGUUCGUUCAUAUUCG